CGGGGGGCGGUGUCGCUGUUAUCGAACUCUGCGGGUCCGUGGCUCGACUCCUGCAGCAGCAGUAAAGAAGAAGAAGAGGAGGAAGAGGAGGAGGAGGAGAGAUGAGCACACAGCUGAGCUCCGCCUCUUCCUCUCACUGUACACUGACUGUGAACUUCCUGUAAAUCACAGUCAGCUGGAGUUUGGUGUUUGUGCUGCAGCAGCUCGGAGACAACUUCCCCCCCCUCUCUCUGUGUGAAGUCAAAUCAAGCCGACUGUAACUGCUCAGUAAGUUCGUAGGCGGAGGAGUCCCUCGUGUGUUCUGAUGAGCACACCGAGGCACGGGGCUGUCGUCGGGGCAUGUCUGAGCUUGUCCAGGCGGCCGUGACCCACGCCACCAGUUUCCCUGCAGGUGUGUUCCCGCAGGGCGCAUGGCACCGAAGAGACGAGCCGCCGCCGCCGCCGCCAAAGCCGGCGGCAAGAAGGCGAAAGAGGAGCCGGACAGAGCGGAGCCCAAGGAUGCCUUCACCUCCGCGAAGGAGGCCCUGCUGGCUGCAGGGCCACAGGCGAGAGGCAAGAGGAAGGUGGACGAGCACAGCCACGGCGCGACGUCCGGAGCCGGAGAGGUGCACGAGGACUACGACUGCAUGCUGAACCAGACGAACGUUGGAGAUAACAAUAAUAAGUUUUAUGUCAUUCAAGUUAUCCAGAAUAAAAAUGUAUACUACUCGUGGACCAGAUGGGGUCGAGUGGGGGAAGUGGGACAAAGCAAACCGAAGACGUUUAAUAAGCCCGAGGACGCCGUCAAGGACUUUGAGAAAAAGUUCAAGGACAAGACGAAGAACAACUGGAGCGAUCGCGUGAAUUUUGUGUCUCACCCCGGGAAGUACACUCUGAUUGAGGUGGAUGGAGAGCAGGACGCUGAGGUCAAGGUGGACAGUGUGGAUGGGAAGAAUGUCGUUAAAAAUGUCCUCCCUUGUGCCCUCGACGGGGCAACACAAGACCUAAUCCAGCUCAUUUUCAGCAACGAUAUGUUCAAGGAGGCCAUGGAAUGUAUGAACUUAGACACCAAGAAAAUGCCUCUGGGGAAGCUCAGUAAACUGCAGAUUGCAAAGGGCUUUGAAGUGUUGCAGGAGCUCGAGACAGCCAUGACUAAAAAAAGUGGAAAAGCAACCCUGCAAGAACUUUCCUCAAAGUUCUUCACCACAGUCCCACACAACUUUGGCCGGACAAGACCGCCAACCAUAGACAGCAAAGAUAUUGUGGAGACGAAGAAAGAGAUGCUUAUGGUGCUGGCUGACAUUGAGCUUGCCCAGACCCUGAAGUCAGAGACGGAGAAGGCUCAGGAAGAGAUGAUCGAGACAGUUCCUCACCCUCUAGACCAGGACUACAGUUCACUCAAAUGCAACCUCACACUUUUGGACAAGGAUGUAGAAACCUUCAAGAUCAUAGAAACAUACCUGAAAGUGACUUCGGGUGACUACCGUCAACCAAAAAUUGUCAAUGUUUGGGAAGUCGAUCGCGAGACAGAGGGGUUGCGCUUUAGCGAAAAUGAUAAUCUGGACAACCGCCAUCUGCUGUGGCACGGUACAAACAUAGCAGUGGUGGCAGCGAUCCUGAAGAGUGGUCUGAGGAUAAUGCCUCAUUCAGGAGGCCGUGUUGGUUGCGGGAUCUAUUUUGCGUCUGAAAACAGCAAGUCUGCAGGCUACGUGCGCACGUCUAAAAACACUGGAGUGAUGUUUCUGAGUGAGGUUGCCCUUGGCAAAGAACAUACCAUCACCAAAGAUAACAGUUCCUUGAAGAAGGCUCCUGCAGGCUUUGACAGUGUGGUGGCACGAGGAUCAGUGGAACCAGAUCCCUCUAAGGACAUCUCGAUCACUCUGGAGGGCAAGAAGGUUUCUGUGCCUCAGGGUAAGCCCAUACCUCAGCCCCAGUUCUCAGACAGCAACUUCCGCAACAGUGAAUAUCUCAUCUACAAAGAGAGCCAGUGUCGCCUUCGGUACCUGCUGGAGCUGAACAUGUAGAAGUAAUUCAACUCAAGGAAAGAGGCAUGAAAAACCUCUUCAUUCCCUCCAUGUUAGGGUCUUCUUAAAAAACGUUUGGCUAUGCUUUUACCUAAUCUAAUAUGGUUAAUGUCUUUAUUAUUACAGUCAUUGUGUAGAUGGUCCUACCAUUAAUGACUUGUACUUCUCUGUGCCUUACAUUUUGCACACUAUAAAACUAUCAAAGUUGGAGCUUGAUUGACCCUAUCGUACACAGCAAAUCCCCACAUACUGACAAACAACUUAUUUUUCCUUUACCAUGACAAAGGUGGUGUCCUUUCACUAUUCGCCUAUUGGUAUAUUUAUCCACAUCUUGAUUUAUAAACAUCCGGAAGGCCUCUCGAUAUUUGCACUAUUUUGUUUUUUAAUUUCAUGAUGCACUUGUAUUGUGCAAACUUGUUCAAACAAAAGAAAAUGAAUACAUUUAUAUAUAUAACUAUAUGAAAUAUAUCCUAUGCACAGAAAUGUUUACAGGUGGAAGAAUGUCUGCAGGUAAUGUCCAUGCAUUGUUACAAAUGUAAUACAUUGUUCAGCUUGUUAAGAAAAAACUCUGAAUGUGCUUCUGUAGAGUAAAGUUAUAUAAUACGUAAGUGAUAAAUUGCUGGGACAAAUUUCUUGCACUAUAGGUCCUCCAGCUAAAUGGUGGUUUGGUACACAUGUCACCUCAUGGUGUCAGUAGUGAGCAACUCCCUCAGACUACCUGAACCAAGGAUUAGUAAAUAAAUUUAAAUAUCCCUCUA